AUCAGUUGGAACUAUGUUCCUACCUAAAUAGUUGUCUUGUGGAGUAACGCCCAAGCGGAACGCAAGAUAAUGAAAUAUGGAUCUUGGCCCACUAGAGGUUUCGCCGGAAAUCUCCGAAUCAAUAUCGAGGGUUAUUGAUUUGUUAAAAAUAGUGGGAGAUAAUUAAUUAUUAAACAUGAUAGGAUAACCUAGUUUGCAAAAUUUUCUAUAGAUGGCAAACAACAACAACCCUUUCAACCUGCGUUACAUCCUGGAAAACAACAAGUUAUCCGGGACCAACUUUCUUGACUGGGAGAUGAACCUUCGAAUCGUUCUUAACUGUGAGAGGAAACUCUACAUCCUCGAAACGGAUCCUCCCAAGACCCCUGAUGCUGAUGCUCGUGCGUUCGAACUCACUUCCUUCAAGAAGUAUGAGGACGACGCGCGAGAUGUAAAGUGUAUCAUUAUGGCCAGUAUGACCGCGGAGCUCCAAAGGCUCCACGCGGACAUGGAAGUGCGUCCUAUGAUACAAUGCUU